AUGGCCCCCACCACUACCACCCAAGCCGAUGAAUUCCGAGCUUUCAUCCACCAGACACCUCAAGCUUUUUUACCACAACCUCGUAGCCUUGAGGCUCCAACGAAAAUUUUUCGGCGCUACAUCAGCAAACAACCUACACGGCCACCCCGUGUGACUUUACUCCCUUGA